CAUCAAGUGCAAUAUUGAGAGGAAAACAAGUCACAUCAUUGUUGAAGUCAUUUCUGCUUAUUUUAUUUGUAAUUUAUGAUUUGAUUUGAAUACAGUAAUGGGGGGAGCUGUGAGUGCUGGAGAAGAUAAUGAUGACUUAAUCGAUAACUUAAAAGAAGCUCAGUAUAUCCGCACGGAAAGAGUGGAACAAGCCUUCAGAGCUAUUGACCGUGGAGAUUACUAUUUGGAAGGCUACAGAGACAAUGCUUACAAAGACUUGGCCUGGAAGCAUGGCAACAUUCACUUAUCAGCCCCAUGCAUUUAUUCUGAAGUUAUGGAAGCAUUGCAACUUCAACCAGGAUUGUCUUUUCUUAACCUGGGAAGUGGAACCGGAUAUUUAAGUACAAUGGUGGGCUUGAUUUUAGGUCCUUUUGGAAUAAAUCAUGGGAUUGAGCUUCAUUCAGAUGUGGUCGAAUAUGCCAAGGAAAAGCUGGAGAGCUUCAUCAGAAAUAGUGAUAGCUUUGAUAAAUUUGAGUUUUGUGAACCUGCAUUUGUUGUUGGAAAUUGUCUCCAGAUAGCAUCUGACAGCCAUCAAUAUGAUCGGAUUUAUUGUGGAGCUGGAGUUCAGAAAGACCAUGAAAACUACAUGAAAAUAUUACUGAAAAUCGGUGGCAUCCUAGUCAUGCCUAUAGAGGAUCAGUUAACGCAAAUUAUGCGAACUGGACCAAAUACCUGGGAAAGUGAAAAUAUUCUUGCUGUUUCAUUUGCUCCACUUGUGCAGCCAAGUAAGAAUGACAAUGGUAAACCAGAUUCAGUGGGACUCCCUCCAUGUGCUGUCAGGAACCUACAGGAUUUGGCUCGCAUUUACAUCCGCCGCACACUUAGAAAUUUCAUCAAUGACGAGAUAAAAGCCAAGGGACUUCCGCCCAGAGCUCUCCCAAAAAGGAAAAGGAAGAGAGUUAAACAGAUUGUUAACUCCAACUCUUACGUGUUUGUGGGUAAUCAGUUCUUUCCUCGGCUUCCAAAUAGGGAGGAAGAUGAAAAAAUGGAAGAAGACAGCAGGGAGGAGGAGGAGAAAGAUCACAGUGAAGCCAUGAAGCCAGAAGAGCCUCCUCAAAAUCUCCUGAGAGAAAAAAUCAUGAAGCUGCCUCUUCCUGAAUCUCUAAAAGCUUACUUGACCUAUUUUAGAGAAAAAUAACUUAAACCGAGGAGGAAUGUCUAUUGAUAGUUCUCUACUCUGAAAAUGUAGCAUUUGUUAGGAAUUAAAAAGAGAAUAUUUCUUUCAUCAGAGAAAAUUAUAGUGGAAAAAGGUAUAACUUGUUUUUGUCAUAGUAACAAAAAUGAUGUAUUAAGUGAUUAAAAAGAGUCCCUUUUAUAAAAUCUAUUUUUCUUUAAAUCUUGGGAAAAUGCUGUUUUAACUGAGUGACUUCAAAGUGGAUUGCAAUAGUCAAGACUUUGUGUAUUGUAAAUCUUUUUCUGAUUCCCUACAAAUAUGUAGUGGUGACAUAUAAGGUUAAUUGAUAAACAUAUGUAAUCUAAGUUAUAGUUGUUUGCAUUUCCUCUAGAAAAACUUUCUUAUCUAUUAAGGAAAUCAAACACUUUGUAGACCUAUUUACCUUAAUUUUUGUUGCAAUCACUAUUGCUGUGUUGCUAAUAGAUGUAUUCCGGGCAAUAUAUGAGUGCAAUAGCAAUACAGAUACUGAAUAAUUUAGCUUUUAAAAAAAAUGCAAACUUCAUGGAAUUCAACAGCCCUGCUACUUUUGCUUUUAAACCUGUUGCCAAAAGAUAUGGGGAAAUAACUGCUUCUCUCAUAGAGAUUUUAAGAGCACAUCAAGUGAAUGUUAAAGGAAAAGUAUAUACUUCGUAAAACUCUCACUUUGUAUGAACCUUUAAAUUUUCAGUGUUUUUAAAUAAUGAAAUUAUCUUACUCUGGAGUUUGAAAAGAUGGGAUCUUUAGGAUUUUUUUCAAACGUUCCCCUCUUUCUAGCACAUACUGACAGUGGGAAGCAUGAGUUGCUGCUGCUACUGUGGACAGUUGUAAGUAGCAGGGCCCAGCAGAUUCAUCCAGCAGAUAGAUAUUAGCAAAUGAAACUUCUGUUUCAUCAGAAUCCUCACUUUUUACAUGAUCGUUGAGUGGUUGCCAUUACUUCAGAAAUUCAUCUUUUCAUAGUAUAAGAAAUAUUCAUAAGAAUUUUAUGUAGACAGUGUUUUUGUUUGAAUAUCAAUUCAGAAUCAUAAUGUAAUUUUUGGGACCUGCAUUGUGCUCGUUUAACUUCUUCCCAUGUUUUCUUAAGUUUCUUUUGGUAAAAUUACACUGGUUUUCAUUUUUUGCUUAAUAACACGUCCACUCUUUAUCAUUUGAAUUUUGAUUUUUAACUUAGCAGUAGUUAAAUUGUUAGUUAAUGCUAUAAUUAGUCUGCUUUUAUUUUUGCUUUUCAAGGUAAACCCUGAAAACAGUCAUUCCUUGUAGAAAAAUAAAAUGAACACUGUAACUUAUUUACUACUUAGUUACAUCAGUUAUAUAUAUUUUGUUACAUCAUUUAUAUAUAUUUUAAGAGGAAAAAAUAUAAAAUAUCACUUAUGACCACCAGCAUCACUGUUACAAUAGUUGAUAAGAUUAGCUUAUGGAAGCCCAAUGUACCGUGAAAGGAGUGUUCUCUGCAAAAUUCAAAUACUUGUAAUAAAUGGGUUAUUUUAAAGCUCUCAACUCUAGUAAUUCCACACAUAAAAACAAGUAUUUAAAAAAACAAGUGUUUGAAAUAUUCUAAGCAUCAAGUAUUCUAAGUAAAUGAGGAUAUUUUAGGAAUGUGAAAAAUAAAUUCAUGAGAAAGAGUUGUAUCAAUGCUGCGGUGUAGGGGGUCACCACACAUGUCUUAGAUGAUUUAAUAAGCCAUUACUGUGGAGAGAUGCUCUGUCUCAUUUCUACUGAGAAAAGAUAAAGUCAUUGUUUCAGUUGUUUUUAACAGUGACCAUCUAUUAUAAAUGUUAUUUUAAUUUAAAUGCUUUUGAAGUUUAUUUUCAAUUUCUGUUACCCACGUAUAUUUAUUUAGAAACCUGAGGAAACUUACCUGCCCACUCCUGCUCCCCACUUUUUGUAUUAGAACAGGUUUCUUGCGAUACAAACGAGCAUCCGUCAGUGAUGACUUUACUCUGUAGGGGUUAGGGUGUUUUUGAAGGUUGAUAUUUGAUGUCAUCUUCCAUUCUGUUGACUUCUGCAAAUUGAAAUGUACGGUCGAUAUGAAUGAUGAUUGCAUUUUUGGGUCAUUGAAAUAUAUCUUGUGUUUUUCAAUGUAUUCAUUUUACAGUUAUGACUAUUGACUUUAAAUAAAGAAGUGAAAAUGAAAAUUCA